UAGUUGUCAGUAGAGAUGCCGAUCGCUCCCGUCCCCGUCCCGCUGCCUCUCUCAGGUAGGGCCUCAGACAGAGCGAAGAUGGCGACGGACAAACAGAAACAUGAAGGCAGGGUGAAAAUUGGACAUUAUAUUCUUGGAGACACGCUAGGAGUGGGAACGUUUGGAAAAGUCAAAGUUGGACAGCAUGAGUUGACCAAGCACCAGGUGGCGGUAAAGAUUCUAAACCGGCAGAAGAUUCGCAGUCUGGAUGUGGUGGGGAAGAUUCGACGUGAGAUCCAGAACCUCAAACUCUUCCGUCACCCGCAUAUAAUCAAACUUUACCAAGUCAUCAGCACACCAACAGACAUAUUCAUGGUAAUGGAAUAUGUUUCAGGAGGGGAACUAUUCGACUACAUCUGUAAAAAUGGAAAGUUGGAUGAGAAGGAAAGCAGGCGGCUGUUCCAGCAAAUCAUCUCAGGGGUGGAUUACUGCCACAGACAUAUGGUGGUGCACAGAGACCUCAAGCCUGAGAAUGUCCUGCUGGAUGCGCACAUGAACGCCAAGAUUGCAGACUUUGGCUUGUCAAACAUGAUGUCGGAUGGAGAAUUCUUGAGGACGAGUUGCGGCUCUCCUAAUUAUGCUGCUCCGGAAGUCAUCUCUGGAAGGUUAUACGCAGGCCCUGAGGUGGACAUCUGGAGCAGCGGAGUGAUUUUGUAUGCCCUGUUGUGCGGAACGCUGCCGUUUGACGACGACCACGUGCCAACACUGUUCAAGAAGAUCUGUGAUGGAAUCUUCUUCACGCCUCAGUACCUGAAUUCCUCUGUUAUUAGCCUUUUAAAACACAUGCUCCAAGUAGACCCCAUGAAGAGAGCCACCAUCAAAGAGAUUCGGGAUGAUGAGUGGUUUAAGCAAGAUCUCCCCAAGUAUCUGUUCCCGGAGGACGCUGCAUACAGCAAUAAUAUGAUUGAUGAGGAGGCGCUGAAGGAGGUGUGUGAGAAAUUUGAGUGCACUGAGGAGGAGGUGCUCAACUGCUUGUACAGUCGCAAUCACCAGGAUCCUCUUGCUGUGGCCUAUCACUUGAUCAUAGACAACCGCCGCAUUAUGAGUGAGGCCAAAGACUUCUAUUUGGCCUCCAGCCCCCCAGACAGCUUUCUAGACGAUCUGCCCGCUCAUCACUCUGCUAAGAUUCACCCUGAAAGAGUGCCAUUCCUAGUGGCCGAGUCUCAACCGCGUCCUCGACACACGCUGGAUGAGCUUAACCCCCAAAAGUCUAAGCAUCUCGGUGUUCGGCGGGCAAAGUGGCACCUUGGAAUCCGUAGCCAGAGCAGACCGAAUGAUAUCAUGAGUGAGGUCUGUCGUGCUAUGAAGCAGCUGGACUAUGAGUGGAAGGUUGUGAAUCCUUAUUACUUGCGAGUGCGGAGGAAGAACCCAGUCACUGGCAUACAUACAAAGAUGAGCCUCCAGCUCUACCAGGUGGACAGCAGGACAUAUUUACUAGACUUCAGGAGCAUAGAUGAUGACAUGAUGGAAGUAAAAUCAGGGACUGCCACGCCUCACCGCUCUGGCUCAGUCGGUAACUACCGGACUACCCUAAAGAACGAGAAAAUUGAAUGUGAGGAUGCAACAAAGGGUGACGUGUCCGCACCCUCCACACCUCCGAUAUCCGGGGGGAAAGCGGCGGAAAGCUCUCUGGCUUCCUCUCUUACCUCCUCAGUGGAUUCCACUGGGGGAGAGAUCCUCCCCCGGCCGGGAAGUCACACCAUAGAGUUCUUUGAGAUGUGCGCCAACCUCAUCAAGCUGCUAGCACGAUAACUUGUGGUUCCUCUGAUGCCUUCUCUCUCUCACUCUCUCUGGCUUGAUUUCUCUUUCUUCUAGAAUACUCUCUACCUCUUCAUCAUCAGAUGGCCAUGUCUUCAUCCACAGCAGUCCUCCUAUCUCUAUUCUUUUGUCUCUCUUUUUCUCUCUCAGUGUCUUUAGAGCAAUAAGCAUGCAGACUGACUCAAGACUCCAUGCAUCCCACUUGCAUGAGCAAGCUGAAUGGUCUGUGGCCAGCAUCAGCCUGUUUAAGGGGACUGAGAAAAGGUGCAAAAGGGAAAAUGAUGGAGGUUGUUUUUGUGCCACAGUCAGGCUGUCAGAAAGAUUGCUAAGCCACUUUAUUAUCGAUUCUCUUUUAGAGAUGGUUUUACAAUUCUUUAUCGGGUUUUAUAGCGAGGAUUUCCUUUCAGAGAGUGAGGCAUAGAGUUAUACACUGAGCUAGCUGUACUGUACACAAUGCUGUUGCAAUUCUUGGUGGACCAAGAGAUCUAUAGAGAAAGAGUGGGCCGACAAGUGAGACAGAAAGCGCUUUUGCACAGUUUUACCUGCAAGUUUUUGUGGGCCAGUGUCUUGACUGGUUAUCCCAUUGACACAGCCUUCUGGAAAGGGCACUCUGUUAAGAGGAGCCUACUUAAAUAGUGGGCCAUUGAUGGGACGGGCCAAUUUAAAAUGGUGGGCACUUUAACACAAAGGGACAAUUUGAUAAGUCAGCCUUUCUUGAGGAAGAGACCAAUGUAAGACCCAUUUAUCCUGAGGGAGUGCAAUGUUCUUGCUUCUGUUUAAUAGAUUUUUGUUUGUCACACCUUAGACUUUUUUUUCUAUUUGCUCACAUUUUACAUAAAAUUAAGUAUAUAUAAAAUGUAAACAUGCGUUCAGAUUUAUGUUUAUCUGCUUUAAAUGGGGUUGUAGAUUGUACUGAAUUGUAAUGUUGGACUGAAUUUUUUUUUAAAGAAAUGUUUGAUUUAUAUCGCUGUAAGAUGUUUUAUUCCAUACACUGCUUUAUCAAAAAAAAAAAAAUCACUUUUUUUUACUAUUAUUUUAGUUUUACAAAUCAAUUUUGGCUUCUUUAGUUUUUUUGUUUUGUUUUUGUUGUAAAUCUAGGCUGCAAAGAUAAGUGCAUUUAUGAACACUUUAAAAAAACGCUGAGGUGUCCAGUAUAGUUAAUCAGCACAAUGAAUGAGUUUAAGUAUUAACUCGGCAUAUAUUCUUUAAAAAUUGAUGAACUUUGGCUGAGCGAGCCACAUAUUUUUGUCUUAUUCCUGUUUGAAAGCCAGUGUGAAUUCAUAAUCUGAAAGAUCCUCCUACAUGCAUGUGGUUUCAUGUGCCAUUGUAAGUCAACAAAGAAAGGUCAACAUGAAUAAAAAACUAUUUCAUGUAGGAGCUUGCUAACUGGAGGAAUCCUCCUUCAGAUCUGUGUUUUAUGUUUCACAGAAUGCAAUGAAAACAAUAUGUUUUUUUGUUUUGUUUUUUAAAUAGUUUGCUCAUGUUUGUUUGCCUGUCUGGAGCUCUGGCUGUUCAAAUUGAUUAUAUAAUUAGUAGGUUUUUAAACCAUAAAUUCAUACAUUUGUUUGUUUGGCACUACUCAUUUACAAGUCAUGUGAUAUAAGCAAGAAGAAUGUCUUAAUGCACAUUCUUACCACAAAGUAUAAAUUUAUUGAUGAUAAUAACUUGAUUGGUCACAACAAAUGCAGCAACAUUCGCGAAAAGAAAAAUAGGCCUGAAAAAUUGAGUAUUUUUUACAUGUUCAUGUCUAUAUAUAUAUAUGAACAUGUUCAAUUUGUACAUGUUCAUAAGACAUACUCUUUUAUAUAUUUAAAAGAGUAUGACUUUUUUGUUUAAAACUGCACUGUCAGUUCAAAUUCUUUAUUAAUGAGACUUUAAAGCUUAAACUUGACAAUCUAUGCUUUGUAAGCCAGCUUAAGACAAAUCCAGAGAAAUUGUUUGGUUUUGCGCUGUCCCCUUUACCCUUUUUCUUUCUUUUGAAAUAUAUUUCCCCGUGCAUUAGUCUUAUUCAAAUGAUUACUCUUCCUUAUCAUUAGGGAACAAUUUCAGCCUUUGAAAACAAGUUUAGAAAAUAUGUUGAUGCACUUCUCUUAACUGCAUUUAUGUUGAUUGUCUGUGAAGAGAUGCACCUGACAGAGGCUUGCCAAUGUAAAUUUGCAGAAAAUUACUGAUAAUUUACAAUUAAAAAGAUGAUUUGUAAAUACAACUGCCUAAUAAAAUAAUACAUGAAGACAGGAUUGUUCUGUCUUG